UUGGAAUCUUGUUGCACCAAACCCAUUGAUGACCUUCUGCAUUUAGCUGUGGGAUUAAAACACAUGGAUGUUAGCACAGAGUUCUCUGCAGGGAGCAUCUGAUCAUCACCACUUCUUUGGAUCUCUACAAUCACUAUCUGACUGUUUGAUUGUGUUUUUAAUGUUUCACAGCUCCAACCUCUCCUCUCAGACCUUCUUCAACAUCAGUCCCAUCAGCCUCCACACUGAUGACAUCACAGAGUUUAAGCUCCGCACCUUCAUCAGCCUCCACACUGAUGACAUCACAGAGUUUAAGCUCCACACCUUCAUCAGCCUCCCCACUGAUGACAUCACAGAGUUUAAGCACCACACCUUCAUCAGCCUCCACACUGAUGACAUCACAGAGUUUAAACUCCACACCUUCAUCAGCCUCCCCACUGAUGACAUCACAGAGUUUAAGCACAACACCUUCAUCGGCCUCCACCCUGAUGACAUCACAGACAACAUCUUCUCCUAUCUCCCCCUGGUUUUGGCUGUGUGUGUCCCUGUGGUGGUGGUGCUGGCAGCUGUUCUGCUGUUCUUCUACAAAAAGAGGACCAAGCACUCUGAUGAUUAACCUCUAUGAGAACUGCCCUCCACUCUCCACCCGUGCAGACUCUACCUACCAGAGUCUGGAUCCAGCCUCCAGGGAUCCAGACCACAUCUACUCUACUCUCUCUUAGAUACAACACCUAUGAUGAUGUCAGCAAGAGUUUCUGCUGAAUGCACAGUGAAGCCUGGCUGCUGCUCAUGGCAAUGAAGACACAAUUCUCAAUUCAAGAAACAAGACCUGAGAAUAAGUGUAACUGAAAAUGUUAGUAAUA